CCCGCAUUUGUUCUUUUACCCCUACUUCUCUCCAUCGGGUCGAGAGUCGAAUCGAAUUCUCCGUCGAAGGGCAGUGACCCGACCCACCCCAUGGACGGCCGCCACCUCGAAUCCUCCACCCUGCUCCCCAUAGCCUACGUCCCCAUCCCCUCCAGCGCCGCCGGCCACCACCCCUCUCGGUGCCGGACCAACGCCCGCCUCCUUGCCCUCGCCUUGGCCGCCUUCUGCCUCCUCGCCCUCGCCGCCUUCCUCUCCGGCGACCGUACCUCCCCCCCUCCCCCCACCUCCUCCUCCUCCUCCUCCUCCUCUCGUGUCGCAUUUCGCCCUGCCUCCCGCGGCCCCUCCGAUGGCGUCUCCGAGAAGACGUCCGGCGCCUUCCCCACCCUCCUCUCCGCCUCCCCUUCCUACCCCUGGACCAAUGCCAUGCUCCAGUGGCAGCGCACCGGCUUCCAUUUCCAGCCUCCCAAGAACUGGAUGAACGAUCCCAACGGACCCAUGUGGUACAAGGGGUGGUAUCAUUUGUUCUACCAGUACAACCCGGACUCCGCGGUGUGGGGGAACAUCGCGUGGGGACACGCCGUGUCACGUGACCUCGUCCACUGGGACCACCUCCCCCUCGCCAUGGUCCCCGACCGCUGGUACGACCACAGCGGCGUCUGGACCGGCUCCGCCACCAUCCUCCCGACCGGCCAAAUCAUCAUGCUCUACACCGGCUCGACCAACGAGUCGGUCCAGGUCCAGAACCUGGCCGUCCCUGCCGACCCGGCCGACCCGCUGCUGAAAACCUGGGUCAAGUCCGACUCCAACCCGGUCCUCGCCCCCCCGCCCGGGAUCGGUGCCAGGGACUUUCGCGAUCCAACCACCGCCUGGUACGACCCCUCGGACGACACCUGGAGGAUCGCCAUCGGGUCCAAAGACGGGUCGCACGCCGGUAUCGUGAUUGUUUACAAGACCCGGGAUUUCGCCCGCUACGAGCUCGUGCCGGGGGUGUUGCAUAGGGUGCCGGGGACCGGGAUGUGGGAGUGCGUGGAUUUUUUCCCGGUGGCGGUGGAGGAGGGGCCGGCGGCGGUGGAGGGGAUGGACACGUCGGCGGCGGGGGACGGGGUGAGGCACGUGCUGAAGGCGAGCAGGGACAACGACCGGCAAGACUACUACGCGAUCGGGACAUACAACGCGGUGACGAACACGUGGCGGCCGGAGGACGAAGGGAUGGACGUGGGGAUCGGACUGCAGUACGACUGGGGGAAUUUCUACGCGUCCAAGACGUUCUACGACCCAGAGAAGCGGAGGAGAGUGCUGUGGGGUUGGAUCGGCGAGACCGACAGCGAAAGGACCGAUCUUUUGAAGGGAUGGGCGUCGCUUCAGGCCAUCCCCCGGACGGUGCUCUUUGAUACCAAAACCAAAAGCAACCUGCUCCAAUGGCCUGUGGAGGAGGUGGAGAAAUUAAGGAUGAGCAGCAAGAACUUCAGCAUGAUCACAAUUGAUGCUGGAUCAGUGUUCCCCAUCAACAUCACCGGAGGCACGCAGUUAGAUAUAGAGGCUGAAUUUGAGAUUGAGAAGGCCGCAUUGGCAACGGCCGUCGAGGCCGAUGUAGGGUAUAACUGCAGCACGAGCAGUGGAGCGACCGAUAGGGGCAUGCUUGGGCCAUUUGGUUUGCUCGUCUUGGCUAAUGGCAGGCUAUCAGAGAAGACUGCAGUGUACUUCUACAUUGCAAGGGGAACCGAUGGCAAUCUUCACACUCACUUCUGCCAUGAUGAAUUAAGGUCAUCCAGUGCAAGUGACAUUGUCAAGAGAGUAGUUGGCAGCACUGUCCCGGUGCUUGAUGGUGAAAGGUUGUCAGUGAGAAUACUGGUUGAUCACUCCAUUGUUGAGAGCUUUGCACAAGGGGGAAGAACAUGCAUCACUUCUCGUGUCUACCCAACUGAAGCAAUCUACAAUGCGGCAAAAGUCUUCCUAUUCAACAAUGCCACCAGUGCUUCUGUGACUGCCAAAUCUCUCACAAUAUGGAAGAUGAACUCCACAUUCAGUGACCCCUACACCACCCAAGCUUAGAAAUUUAUACUCCUGGUCCCCUUCUUCACCCUAAAACUUAAAGAUUUGUUCAUUCAACUCAAUAGCCUCUUAUUUCCCAUUUCAUCCCUUUCAGUUGUAUGUAUUGCUACUUAAUUCAUUCAUUAGUAAGCUCAUGGCUAGCUGCAUUCGCUCCCAUUGAAAGGAUAUAUGGAGGAAAUUUUUUGGCAAAAAGGUCUUGUCCGGGAGCUCUUCUAUUGUAGUUAUUACCAUCAAGGCUUGCUGAUAAAAAAUAUCAAAAAUCUGAAUUUUUCGAGUUACCUCGAAAAUGCAUAAAAAAU